GGCCUGUUCCGCUACUUCCGCUCUCCCAUUGCACAAUCGAAUGACGAACAUGGCAUCCACCGCGAUUGUUAAUUGUCAUCUCAUAUUUGCGUUCGCGCUGCUCGCAGUUUCUCUUGUUUCUGCCGCGAAUUCAGCGGGCGCUUUUUACGCGUCUGCGAGAGUCGAGAGCUGUAGCGGUUGCUCGCUCAACCGGCUGCCAGAUGUCAAGCAGUUUAUUUUCGAGGACCUACCGCAAUAUGACAAUGUGGAGUUCAAGCAUAUCCAGGGUGCGAUACCGGAACUCGUAUUAUUCAACGAGCAGGAAGAGGAGGUAGAGAGAUUGGUAUUGUCCAAAUUGACCCGGGAAGAAUGCAACGAGUUGUUACUCUCCAAAGGUUUCAAGAGGAAGCUAAAGGAUAAUAAGGACGAGAUGUAAAUUUUCCACUUGGGGGAGGGGGGGAGCAGUAACCUAUCAAAAACUAAUCGCACGCAUCUUUAGGGGGAUAAGUUAUUUCUGAUCUCUUAUUUCUAUACCUUGUAGAUACCCAAUUUACAAUAGCUUCGUUCGAUUGUAGUUGAUAAGAGCCAAGAUACCUAUUGCGCGCAACAGCAAAUUGCGUUUAUCUGUGAUGAACGCCAAUUCUUUAAAAUAGGAUUGAAUUGUGCAUUUGCGAUAUCCCCCAUGGUAAACCCCAUUAUUCACACUGUAUUCUUUAUUCUUGCUAAUACUAAUCUUACAGAAUUUAUAUAGCCAAAGAGAUUAAAGAGUAAUACAUUAAUUUAUCGAUGUUUGUUUUUUUAAAUAAAAACAUUGGCCAGUGUAGGUCGUUCUUGAAAAAAAUAAAGACAAAAUAACACUUGUGUCGACUUGAGUAGUCAGUUGGAAAGCAAUUACUAUAUUAUUAAAGUAAAAAGCCGGCGCACACAAAAAUCACUCUGUAUAUUCAUUAGUCUUGUUAAUACUAAUCUUACAGAAUUUAUAUAGCCAAAGAGGAUUAAAGAGUAAUACAUUAAUUUAUCGAUGUGAUUAUUAAAUCGAUUGAUUAGAGUUUAAGUCUUGUUAACAGCGCGAUCCACGACAAUUUCUAGAAAGUCUUAAUUAUGCAUAGAAAUCUGUUGUGGACUUUUUAUAAAAAGAUGUGUAUAUAUUUUUACGUUCGUCAAUUUGCACAUUAUCCAAAUUAUUUAUGGAUGGGAUUUUACACAGCACAGAUACAGAUACAUACAUCCAAUCACAAGAUCUAUUGGUGCGCAGUUUUUUAUCGCUUCUCCAUCCAGUGCGAUUCGAGGUUGGCGCCCGUUCGCCAACUCGCCUACUUGUCGCUGCUUCAAAUUCAUCUCUAGUCGUCGCACUUGUUUCUCUGUGGCCUGUGUAUAUAGCAAGUUAAUUUUGGUAAUAUUAGUAUAUAUAGAGAUAAUAAAAAUAUUAAUAAUUUUCCUUUCAGUUAUUACCUUUUUAUUAACAGGGCUUGCUGGCGCUGAAGUGAUCGCAAUUUUUGCCAAGCUUCUUUAACAUUAUUCUUAUUUGUUUUAGAAGGGGAUAAAAACGUUUCUUGUUUUUGCACUUUUUUUAACGCAUUAACUCGAUCUCUUUUUUUUAUGUGUCGCUUCACUUUUCAGCUGAGUAUAGUUGCAAUUGGUUUCUAAUCAAGAUAUAAAACUAACUAUCCAUAUACCAAAACUCGAUUUUGAGUAUCUCACCCUGUGCUCUUGAAAGUAGAUUUGAAUAGCGACUAUCACGAGACACGGUAGUGUCUCGCGCAAAGUAUAAGCUAGCUAGAACCGUAAAUAUGCAUUUGAGAAAACCGCACAAGAUCACAGCAGCAGAACAAGUGUUCAUCGAAUUAGAAAUAAAUUAAUUACUAUUGA